UCUGAUGUAAAUGAUUAUAAUUCUUGUCCACGAACCCAACUAAAGAAGAACAGCAUCUGGAACAUAGUACAACCUCGAUGAAACGUUUUGUAUACGCCCAACGGACCAUAACUAGCUGGCAUAUCAGAACCGUCCGACCCGCCCCAUCAACCAUUCAUUCACGAGCCAUGUCAACCGAGAAGACACCAAAGGAGCAACCUGAAACCACUUCUAUGGACCCGAACCUCAGCGAUCAACAAGCCUCAAGUCAGCCUCUUCCUCUCCCAGAACCGCCAAAGGAUACAGAUGCAACUACACUCGAUGUCAGCACCGGACAGAGCGUGAAGCUCGACAAACUCGGUCCCAUGGUCGUCAAUCGCGAUGGAACGUUGAGUCGGAUUGCCAACUGGGAACAUAUGACCGAGAUUGAGCGAAACAAUACCCUCAGAGUACUCGGGAAACGGAAUCAAGUGCGGCUGGGUGCAUUAAGGAAUGACGAGGCGAAUGGCGAAGAGUCGGGUGGUAAAUGAGUCAUGACUGAAUUCAUCUCACGAGCGUUCUUGGCGGUUCUCGACUGUGGAUAGAACGAAAGCAAAGGUGGUUUCUGGGUUUAGCGAACACUAACUCGAGGAGUUCAAUUCUGCACCCAACUAGGUUCGACCGAUGAAGGAUAUGGGGAACCGGUGGAAAGAGUGCGGCACAGCACGAAUUGUACGAUAAGAUGUAGUAUACAGUAGCCGAUCA